AUGCUUUCAUUGCCUCUUUUCGUCCUCUAUUGUGGCGCUUCCAUGGCCACCCUAAUCCAGGUGCGACAAGCAGACGACCUAAGUGCAAGAGUCAAAGCCCUUGAGGACUACCUUGCGGAACCAGAUUCUUCCUGCGUGAAAGAAUGUGGUGACACGUGGGAUAGCUGUGCAGACAAGUGCCCAAUAGACUUCACCUCGGAAUAUUCUGAUUUUGCAUUUGAUGCUUGUCUCUCUGAUUGUGACAAAGAUGAGAGUCUGUGCAACGCAAAGUGCGACAAAUCGUUUCCGCCCAAAUGA